UGUGCGGCUCAUACUAAUAAAUGCAGUAUCUGAAAUUUUAUUGCUAGACAUACAAGAAGAUAUCACCUGGAGUUUCAAUAUUUCUGUAACAUAUUUUCCAAUCUCUUCUCUCAUCUCUCAUCGGAGAAAAUGAUUUCAGGUGCGACUGCUCCAGUCACUUCCAACCCUCCUGCUAGAGUCAGAUAUUUGAUUCAAAGGCUUGCUUCUGAAGAAACUCGAGACCAAUCACUUGAUGUUCUUUGCAAGAAUAGACUGGCUUAUGGCAAUUUGGCAGUGCUGUUAUGGAAUUCUUUUGGUACUAUGCGUGUCCUUUUGAAGAUAAUAACUUCAGCUUACCGUCCACUGUUAUCCGACGGCCUUACUGAAAGAGCUGUAACACAAGUUUGCAAUGCUAUAGCCCUUUUCCAGUCUGUAGCUUCUCACCCUAAUACAAGGAUUCUAUUUAUCAGAGCUACAAUGCCAGUGUAUCUUUAUCCCUUCUUGAACACCAUGAAUAAUGAAAGGAGCUAUGAAUGUCUAAGGAUUACCAGCUUAGGUGUGAUAGGGUCCCUAGCAAAGGUACAGGAUCCAGAAGUGAUAGAGUACUUGCUUUCAACUCAAAUAUUUCCCAGUUGCCUACGCUGCAUGGAGGUUGGCAAAACAUUGUCAAGAACAGUGAGUCACUGCACUUUCUUCUAAUAUACAAACCUAUAAAUGUUUCACUUGUUUCUUCACUUUUUUGUUUUUUCUUUUUAUGUUCGUACUCAUGUCAUCAAUGUUAACAACAAUGGAUAUGAACUAAAACCAACAUGACUAGUGACUUGAGGUUAUACUUAAAAAAAGACAUUAUUUUAUUGGAAAGUUACAAUUUUG